GAGAAGACUAAGAGUGAAUGGAGGAGUGAGUCAUUGGCUGAGUAGCGGUAUUUCAGGGAAUCGUCGUAACAUUUUAUGACUGAGUAGCGUGCAGUGGUCGCAGUAUUUUCUUGGCUUUCAAGAGCAAUCAGACCUACGGAGUAAGCGGAUAAUUUUUAUCGUGAUUUGUUUACACCAAUCGAAGGACUUUAAAGUAAAGUACGGGACUCGAACGAUUCACCGAAGCAGUGCAGUAAACUGAAAUGGCAGCUCUACAAGGACCUGAACAUAGACAGCAUCCAGAACAGACAGUAGUUCCACUGUACCCGCACUGGCGGGCAGUCUUCAACAAGUACGAUCUGGAUAACGAUGGACGAAUAUCAUUUUCAGAACUCAAGAAUAUCAUCAAUAGUGAAUCAUACGAGAAAGAUAUACCAGACUCUGCAGUCAGGGAAAUCAUGAGGCGAGCGGAUCAGGACCAGAGUGGAUAUCUGGAAUGGAAUGAAUUUGAGAAGCUGGUGCACAUGAAAGAGUUUCACAGCCUGUUUGGUGCAGCCAUUAACAAGUACAUACAUGCAACAGUGGUGCCACGAUCCAGGCUAUCUCAGGUGGAUCAGGUGGAUGGGACAGGGGAGUAUGAGGAGCAGUACAGCUGCUGGCCGCCUGCUGUCUGCAUGAUCAUCAUCAGCAUUGUAGAGGUGAUUACAUUCCUGUUUGAUGUUGUUACUAUGGGAACAACAGCAGCAGAUGGUCCUGCUGCAGUGGCACUUAUGUAUGAUCCACAUAAACGAUACGAAGCCUGGCGCUACCUGUCUUACAUGUUUGUUCAUGUUCGUCCAUUCCACUUGAUUGCAAAUCUUCUAGUCCAGAUACUUCUUGGCAUACCAUUAGAAAUGGUGCAUCAUGGAUGGAGAGUUCUGAUAGUUUAUUUUGCUGGAGUAAUUGCUGGUUCAUUGGGGACCUCUGUGUCUGAUCCAAGUGUUUACUUAGCAGGUGCAUCAGGUGGUGUAUACGCUCUAAUUACAGCACAUGUGGCCACAAUAAUAAUGAACUGGAAUGAGAUGAAGUUUGCGAUUCUGCAGGCUCUUGUAUUUUUUAUCCUUGCUGGUAGUGAUAUUGGAUCUGCUGUCUACAAUCGUUAUGUCCUUAAGGAAAAAACACAGAUUGGGUAUGCUGCCCACCUUGCUGGUGCUGUGGCUGGAUUGCUUGUCGGAAUCAAUGUUCUGCGCAAUCUACAGGUGAAAUACUGGGAGAAAGUGUUGCGUUGGACUUGCAUAGUCCUGUAUGUUGCACUGAUGCUUGCUGCCAUAAUCUGGAAUGUAGGAUUCCCUGAAUAUUUUCCAGAGUCUGCGUACAGCACAUAGUACUUUAUAGCUGCGACUGAGACAGAAACAUCAGCUGAUGCAAACAGUAAGUCAGAAGCGUAAAGUUUUUUCCUUUCAGACAGUGCACAAGACGACUGUCCACCCUGG